GAUGCGGCUUUCAGGCAUUUGUUCAGGGCAUGUCCAUGUGGUCUAAAGGGGCUUGUAAAGCAACUGGAGCAGUUCAGAGUUCAACAGCAGGUUUCCAAGAUGCCGCCCAAAGGAAAAAGUGGUUCUGGAAAAGCGGGGAAAGGGGGAGCAGCCUCUGGGAGUGACAGUGCUGACAAGAAGGCUCAAGGUCCCAAAGGUGGUGGCAAUGCAGUAAAGGUCAGACACAUUCUAUGUGAAAAACAUGGCAAAAUCAUGGAAGCCAUGGAAAAGUUAAAGUCUGGGAUGAGAUUCAAUGAAGUGGCUGCACAAUAUAGUGAAGAUAAAGCCAGGCAAGGGGGCGACUUGGGUUGGAUGACCAGAGGGUCCAUGGUAGGACCAUUUCAAGAAGCAGCAUUUGCCUUGCCUGUAAGUGGGAUGGAUAAGCCUGUGUUUACAGACCCACCAGUUAAGACAAAAUUUGGAUAUCAUAUUAUUAUGGUUGAAGGAAGAAAAUAAAAUCAUAUGAAAGACUGAAUAAGUUUUAUACAUUUUGUUUCUUUAAAAGGUAUUGGGUAUUCUUUUGAGCUGGAGUUGCAAGGAAAUACAAAAAUUUUUAAAAAGAAAAGAUAUUGGAUGCUGCUUGUAUUUUGUGGAGGCUCUGUCAGUAUGGGUUUGUAGGUGUGAGAGAAGGUGGGGAUAAGUGAGUGUCUACUGCAGUAGGUAUUCAGUCAGUCAUUCUCAAAGAGAAGUCAAGCAGACUCCCUUUAACCUGUAUUCCCUUUCCUCUCAGAACUAUAUCUGACUCUCAGUCUGUCCCAUAAAUUAAUUCAGAAACCAUCUUCAGGGGAAGCAGAUAUCAACUCACACUAUUCACACAACUGAAAAUAUUGGGCAUCAAAUAGAUUAGUAUAUGAGAAUCAUAAAAUAAAUUCCUGGACAACAUUUGUUUUACAUGUUAGUCAACUCUGAUCUUCCAGGACAUUUAUUAAUAGCUCCGCUCUCUUAACAUAGUAUGUGGCACAUUAUAGGCUUUCAGUGUUAACUCCUUUCUUUUAAAAUAAAUGUUUUUUGGACGGAAAA